AACUAUCAGAUCACCUGUCCCUCAUAAGCCGCAGUUUCUCUUCCUAGGUAUAGUAAUGAAUAUACUUUAUUACUACAGCAUCAAAUCAGCCAACAAGUCUUCGUGUGUAGGUGACACACAGCUAAUGAUCGCCAUCACGCAGCGUGUGAGAAGAGCGUCCCGUUGAGAAGCUGAAAAGUGGAGGCGCCCUUUACAUUGGACACCGCACAGAUUCAGAGCAGCCUUGCCGAUGCCUCUCACCCCAGGCAUGCCCGUGGUGCGGCCCGGUCGCGUGGAGCUGGCGGAGCGACAGAACAAACAGGCCGAGGAGAGGCUGAGCCGCCACCUGAGCGCCAUGGACCUCCGCUGCAGCCGCCAGCUCGCCCAGCUCCAGGAGCAGAAGAGAAGACUGAGCGCAGAGCUCUGCAGCAUCAGAUGCGACACCACUCCAUCAUUGGAGAACCUCCUGGUGGAGAUGCCACCUGACCUGCCCAGGCAGAUCCUCUCCCGAAAGCGCAUCUCCCUGCCCACCCUGCAGCUGGCACUCUCCCUCGGUGCGCCCGGCGAUGGCCUGGCCAGGCGGAACUUGGCCAUCCCCAUGCCGACCGACUUCCAGAAGCGCAUGAGCUCCUUCCUGUCAGAGUUGGAGCAGCUCAAGAGGAAGGCGUUGUCGGAGCCUGGAGAGGAAGGGUGCGCUGAGGCCGGCACCCCAGGAGAGGGGCAGGUAGAAGAGGGUGGGCUGAGCGAGGAGGAGCCCGCAAGCCAGAGAGAACCCCACCCGGAGAGGGAGAGGCAGAAGGAGGUGGAAACUCCAGAAGUGACCUGGCAGCGGGUGCAAAACUGCCGUUACCUCCACCAUCGGGAAAUUCUGGAGCAGGAAAGAGAAUUAAGUCUGCAGGAGAUCUUUAGUAAAGAGGGGAUUUGUGGGGAGGAUCAGGUGUAGGUCUGUGAUCCAUCCCUUCGAAGCUCUUAGAUUUGUAUGUAAAGAAAGCUUCAUGCUGGAAUCCUCCGUGAUUCCUACAAAAAGAGUCCUGCCGGACUUUUGCUGUUCCUAAAUGGGAUGGGUCCUGCAAGGUAUUCAUCCCAAAAUCCUGUUUCUUUCAAGAAUUGUAGUGAAUGUUGCACAGGUGGUUGUGCAUGUGUUGGUGAGAGGAGCACAUAUUACUAAUGAUGGGACAAUGAUCCUGCAAACAUAGGCACUCCUUACAGAUGAUGUGUGGCUGUCCCCAUAAUGCAAAUAACUGGUUUUGAGUUAAGCAAAUGGCGUUAUCUUGCCAUGUCCAAAGCAUAUUUCACUGUGUGUCUGGAAUAGCAAACAGAAACAGAAUGUGAGUCGUUGUGAAGUCCUCACAAAGAUAUGAAUAUGUUGUUGUGUGUGAAUAUAGUGGAAUAGUUUGCGACGAAUCAGUGAAAAUUAAGUAUAAGAGCACAGAAAGUUGUACUUCAUCUGUGCUGCUGUUAAUUUGGGAGAAUAAUUUUCAUGUUUGACAUUUACAGUACUUUUCACUC